CGGCUCUGCGGCGUUUCGGCCUGUUGCAGUACCUGUGCUUGUGGGGCAUUUGCGGCCUGCGCCCGCGCCGCCGCCGCCGCCGCCGCCGCCAUGAGCCGCCUUAGCAGGAUGCAGCGGCAAGUUCUGGGCCUGUACCGCGAGCUGCUGCGCGCUGGGCGCGGGAAGCCGGGCGCCGAAGCGCGGGUGCGGGCCGAGUUCCGGCAGCACGCCUGCCUGCCGCGCUCCGACGUGCUGCGCAUAGAAUACCUGUACCGCCGCGGGCGGCGCCAGCUCCAGCUGCUACGCUCCGGCCACGCCACGGCCAUGGGCACCUUUGUGCGCUCGAGGGGUUCACCCGGCGGCUUGGGGUUCUCGGAAGCUCCGCCUGCAGACAGUGAUGGACCGAGGAGCCCGCUCAACAGCGCGGGGGCACCGGAGACCCCGCCCGAUGGACGGCAACAGAAGACGCCCGCCCGCUAGCGCAGGAGAGGCAGGAGGCCCUCUUGACUGUGUGUGUGAGGGGGACCGGGUAACUGCCUCACGGAAGGUAAGAGCUCUUGAGAGCCUGUUUCGAAGGAUUGGGGGAAUCGGAGAGCCCCGUGAUGGACGGCAAACAUGCCCGACCUUGCCCGAAUGCAGGGUGACAGGUCGGGGCGCCCGCUGGCUGAACCGCGUCAAGCUGAGAGAGCUCCUUGCUCGAAGGCAUGGGAAGCCGGGACUCCCCGCUGAGAUGGCGAGAGAUCGAGACACCCCUGCCUUAACUCAUGAGAGCACACCCAUCCCUGGCUCCUCAAGACUUCCCCUUCCUGUAUUUAAUUCGGAGAGAGCAGACUCUUUUCUGAGAAGUUUGGAAAGAUGCCCUAAUGGAUGGUGAGAAGCCCGGAACCCCUUUUUGGAAAAUUCUUCCCCCAUUAAUUAUGACAAAUCAGGACCGAUGAGGAGGGGUGUGGGGAUAGGGGUCUUUCCCCACCAGCUGACCGACUGAAGACUCCUACUUGAUGGUUCUGAGGGGAAUCUCUGAUUCCUGCUUCCCCACCCCCAUCCCAGGCUGUGGAACAAAAGUAAUAAAGUUAGGGAUAUACUUCCUUCCCUGUUGGUUGUCCUAAGGA